ACGCUGCUGACUCGAUCGAAUGUAACUCGCCUUCGUCCACCAGCAGCGUACUCAACAUCGAUACACCGAAGGAUGGCUGUACAACAACCUUCAUGGACGCUCCCCCAACGCAGCCGGGAGGAGCCUGUCUUGCGAGUGUAUAACUCACUCACAAAGUCCAAAAAUGAGUUUGUGCCCAGCGACGGCAAGCGGGUGAAGUGGUAUAACUGCGGGCCGACAGUCUAUGACGCAUCGCAUAUGGGGCAUGCCAGGAACUAUGUCAGCCAGGACAUCUUGCGGCGGAUAAUGACCGACUACUUUGGGUACGACGUCCACUUCGUGAUGAACAUUACCGAUAUCGACGACAAGGCGCCUGAGCCUUCUCGAAAGAUCAUUAAACGCGCACGUCAAAACCACCUCCUCGACAAGUUCCGCGAGGAAACCACCGCCGUAUCACCAGAGCUAGUCACCCGCGUUCAUGCUGCCUGGAGAGUACAUGUGCAGACCCAGCUAAAAAAGGGGCUGCCGGCCGAUUUGGCGUCAGAGAUUGGGAAGGAGGAAGAAACCGACGCGUUCUGGACGCGUUUGGCUGAGCUAGUCAAAGAUAAAGAGUGGAAGCAGGAGUGCCUAAGGAGGGAUGAAAAGUUUGAUAUGCAUUUCUCCUCUGCGAGCCAAACGCUCGCGGCCCUGGAGGCCGCCCGUGGUCAAAUAAGCAAUGGUAAUACCUCUCAGGAGGCAGCACACAAGCUCAUCGCCGACUCGAGCGACAUUAUGUCGCAAGCACUCGAUGAUCAGUACAAGUCAGCCGUCACAGAUCCUGCUAUCUCUCGUAGUCUGGCGGCAUAUUGGGAGGGAAAAUUCUUCGAGGACAUGAAGCGGCUCCGGGUUCGCGAUCCAGACACGGUAACGAGGGUGACAGAAUACGUCCCCGAAAUCGUCGCAUUCGUGGAGGGAAUCGUGAAGAACGGAUACGGCUACGAGUCUGAAGGCAGUGUCUAUUUCGACACGGAGGCCUUUGAUACCAGUCCAAGGCAUGAUUACGCCAAAUUGGAGCCGUGGAGCAAGGGAAACAGAGAGUUACUAGAAGACGGUGAAGGUGCUUUAACUCAACGAGCCAGCCGUAGACAAUCGGAUUUCGCGCUAUGGAAAGCUUCAAGACCCGGUGAACCGGCUUGGCCGUCUCCGUGGGGACCCGGGCGACCCGGUUGGCAUAUUGAGUGCUCAGUGAUGGCCAGUGCGAUUUUGGGCGACAAUAUGGAUAUACAUUCUGGCGGCGUUGACCUCGCUUUCCCCCAUCACGAUAAUGAAAUGGCGCAGUCUGAGGUAUUUCAUCAAUUUGUUGAUUUCCCGCUGUUCCUGACUUGGGCGCAAAAGGCCUAUCACGAAUGCGGCGCUUGGGUCAACUAUUUCUUACACACGGGCCAUCUCCACAUCGAGGGGCUCAAGAUGAGCAAAUCAUUAAAGAACUUCAUCACCAUUGAUGAAAUUCUCCAAAAGUACACAGCUCGACAGUUACGCCUCGCGUUCCUGACCCAGCUCUGGAAUGUCAAGGUUGACUUCACGCAUUCUGUAAUGACGGGUGAGAUCCGCGGGCUGGAAACGACAAUUAAUAACUUUUUUACAAAUGUUACCGCUCUCGUUAGCCAGGCGCGGGCUGAUGCCACGACAUCUGACGGCUACCACCACUACGAGGCGCCAGAACGGGAACUCCGCACUGUGCUUUACGAUAGCCAAUACGCAUUCCGUGUCGCACUCUGCGACUCGUUUAAUACUCCCGCCGCCAUCGGUGUACUGAAAGACCUGAUAUCGCGGACGAAUGUGUACAUAACAGGCCGCGGUAAGGUUGUGAAUGUCCAGUUGCUUGAGAAUGUGGCAGCGUGGAUAGGGCAGAUGCUCCGGAUGUUCGGAUUGGGCGCUGGUUCUGAAGUUGAGCUUGGUUGGGGUGUAGACGAUGCCUCGGUAGCCGGAGCAGGUGUCAACAGAGAAGAAGUGCUGAUGCCCUAUGCCAGGGCAUUGUCGAAUUUCCGCGAUGGAGUGCGGAGACUCGCGAUGGCCAAAGGGGAGGGUAACAGCAGUAGCACUGCUUUGCAAGACAUCCUCGCGCUGUGUGAUCGCCUCCGCGACGUUGACCUGGUGCCACUUGGUGUGGCGCUGGAUGAUGGGGACGAUGGAAAGGCUCUUGUCAAGCUUGUUCCACCAGCGGAGCUGAUACGUGCACGAGAUGAGAAGAGGUUGCAGGCUGAAGCCAAGGCUGCGAAAAAAGCCGAGGCACAGGCUGUAGAACGUGCGAGACGGGCGGCAAAGUUGGAGAAGGGCAAAGUUGCACCGCGAGAUCUGUUCAAGCCGCCGAACGUGCCGGAGGGAACGUAUGGCUCAUGGAGCGAUGAGGGGGUGCCCUUGACGGACGGGGAGGGCAAGGAACUCAGUAAAAACCAGGUGAAGAAGGUCACGAAAGAGAGGGCGGUUCAGGAGAAGUUACAUGACGAAUGGCUCGUCUGGCAGAAAGAGCAAGAGAAUGCAGGUUAA